AUGGGUUGCUGUGGCAGUAAAAACCUACCUCUAUCAGGGAACAUACUGAUACUGGGGAAGCCAUUUGAAGACAUCAAAAAGCUUUACAGAUUAGGGAAGGUACUUGGCAAAGGUAGUCUUGGGAAGACGACGACCUACAUGUGCCAGGAGAUUUCCACAGGCAAACGGUACGCCUGCAAAUCCAUACCAAAGAAGAAGAUAAGCAACAAAGAAGCUGUCAAAAAAGAGAUUCAGAUCAUGAAUCAAGUUUCAGGACAUGACAACAUCGUGGAGAUCAAGGCCGUGUACGAGGAUGCAGAGUCAAUACACAUAGUGAUGGAACUGUGCGGUGGUGGUGAGCUAUCUGAUAGGAUCGAAGCGAAUAGCUAUUACUCGGAGAAGGACUCUGCUGGAAUCUUGAGUUCGAUUGUGAACGCUUUGCAGAUUUUUCACUCGAUUGGUGUGAUUCAUCGUGAUGUCAAGCCCAAAAACUUCCUCUUCUUGAGUGAGGAUGAUGAUGUUCUGCUCAAAGCUAUCGGUUUUGGAUCUUGUGUUUACAUCAAAGAAGUUACAGGAAUAGAAUUGAAAGGUGAAGUUGGUAGUAAACACUACGUUGCUCCUGAAGUAUUACGAGGGAGAAGCUCCGGGAAAGAAAUCGACAUUUGGAGCGCAGGUGUUAUAUUGUACCAGCUACUCUGUGGAAAACAACCAUUUGAGACUGAAGAUGAGAUUAGACAAGGAACAUUUGAUUUGGAGAGCCAACCAUGGCCUUGUGUAUCUAUGAGCGCCAAAGAUCUUAUCAAGAAGAUGCUCACCAAUGAUCCAAAGAAACGAAUCUCUGCUUCAGAUGUUCUUGAACAUCCAUGGAUCAAAAGCGAAGCUGCAAAUAAUCAUACUGAUCAUUUUCUUGUAUCGCGUAUGAAGCGAUUUGGAAGUAUGAGCAAGCUUACGAAGCUAGCCUUUAAGGUUAUCGCAGAGGGUCUAGCGGAAGAGGAAGUCAAAGAUCUUAAAACACGGUUUAAGGAUAUGGAUAUUGACCAAAGCGGAUCAAUCACUUAUGGAGAACUCAGAGCCGGAUUGAGUAUACCUGAAAAAGAACUCUCUAUGAAUGAAGCUAAGCAACUCAUGGAAGCCGCUGAUCUUGAUGGAAAUGGAAGAAUGGACAUAGAAGAGUUUGUCUCAGCGACGAUGGAGAGACAAAUAUUGGAUAAAGAUGAAAAUGUUCACAAAGCAUUCCAACACUUUGACAAAGACGGUAACGGGUAUAUAACGAAGGAUGAAUUGGAGAGGGUCAUGAUGGAGCAUGGUGUGAGAGGUGAACCUAAUGCCAAAGAAAUGAUAUCAGAAGCUGAUAAAGAUAAUGAUGGGAGACUAGACCAUGAGGAAUUUUGUACGAUGAUGAGAAGAAAUAGGAAAUUGCAGCCACAAGGGAAACUUCUUGGAAUCCAUUAA